UCUCAAUAAAUUGAGCCCUUACUUCAUCAAAUUUCCUCAAUCCAAAAACAUUCCACCAUUAACUCUUCAGCUCCCCAAAGUCAAACCCAUUACACAUAAAUAUAUCAUUCGGUCAACACACACAAAAUGUGUUCCUUCCAGACCAAACUGCAGGCUUCAAAUGGUUCCCAUAUCAAUGGCAGCGGCUGCGGCGGCGGCGGCCAUUUUCUUCAGCCUAACCGAAACAGAGUCCCUCUGUUUGACUGCCGUAGCUCCCUGAAAACCCACUCUUCCUCCGCCGCCGCUGCCUCAUUGAUGCCCUUAAAGCCGCCGUCGGAUAAUAAAGAAGCAUCGCCGGCGAUCACUCCUCCGGUCACUCCGAAGAUGAAGUCACCCAGGCAGCCCGCCGUGAAGAGAUCUGGCAAUGACCCCCAUGGACUUAAUUCUAGCGCGGAAAAGGUUCUGAUCCCACGUGGAUCAUCCAAGGCUCAGGCGAGCUUGCUGGCGAAGAAGUCCAGGAGAGGCGUCGGUGGAGGGGCGUCGGUGGCGGAGCUGAUUGUUGAGGAUCCUGGGAGCAUUGCGGCGGCGAUGAGGGAGCAAGCCGCGAUAAUGCAGGAGCAGAGGAAAAUGCGGAUUGCUCAUUAUGGAAGAACUAAAUCCGCCAAGUAUGAACGGAAAGUGUCCACUGCCGGCGACUUCUCAGCCGCCGGAGCCCCUCGGGAGGACAAGAGGUGUAGCUUCAUCACUCCGAAUUCUGACCCGAUUUAUGUUGCUUACCAUGAUGAAGAAUGGGGUGUUCCUGUCCAUGAUGACAACAUGCUGUUUGAACUAUUGGUGUUAACGGGUGCACAAGUUGGGUCGGAUUGGGCAGUCGUCUUGAAGAAAAGGAAAGAUUUCAGGGAAGCUUUUUCUGGGUUUGAUGCACAACUUGUUUCCAAAUACACCGAGAAGAAGAUUAACUCUAUAAGCGUUGAUUACGGCAUAGAUCUGAGCCAAGUCAGAGGAGCUGUUGACAAUUCCAUCAAAAUUCUUGAGAUUAAGAAGCAAUUCGGGACAUUUAGUAAGUACCUAUGGGGAUUUGUAAACCACAAACAAAUAGCCACACAGUACAAGUGGAGCAACAAGAUCCCCGUGAAGACCUCCAAAUCAGAAACCAUAAGCAAAGACAUGGUGAGGAGAGGUUUCCGGUAUGUCGGCUCCACCGUGAUGCACUCUUUCAUGCAGGCUGUCGGGCUCACCAACGACCACCUCACCACCUGCCCACGACACCUCCGAUGUGCCGAGUUGGCGGCCGCCUCCCUCCCGAGGUCUCGUCCAACUGCCCAUGUAGUAGUGCCCCUACAAUAGAGUGAUAAUGAAACUUAUGAUGAUGAUGAUUAUCUAACAAUAGGAAUAUAAGCUCUCUUUUUGUUUUUUUCUAGGUUGGGUUGUGAUUGAUCAUUUAGGAAUGAGUUUGAGAGUAGUAGCAAUAUGGUUGAUUUGUGAGGUGUGACAUGCAUGCAUAUUACUAAUUAGAUGUGAUUAAUUAUGAGUCUGUAAUUGAUAGGUGUGAGCAUAUCAAAUGGAUUUUUUAGGUUUUCUGUUUGAUUAAGUUCGAGUGAGAAUGAUUACUAAAUUAAAAGCAUCCAAUGUUUUGAUUUGAUUUGCAUUAGUUCAGUUUGGAUUUGUUUAACUAUUGAAAGCGUUUACGAUUUUGAAUUUUUUGCUUCGC